CAUACGAUUCUAAACGACAACAGUAUAAUCCGUUGUUUACGAUGUGUUGAAGAUUGUCUGAUGUAGAUGUUUUAUGUUUCAUUACUGUAUGGCUAAUUACCAGUUUGUUUCGAUUAUUUUCUUGAUUAGGGUUUUGAAAUGGUUGGUGGCUGUUUUUGCAUGAAGUUAUCUUGAGCGAAAAAGGGCGGGAACAGUUACCGGAGUGCGAAAAUUUCCAAUAUGAGAGCAUUAUCUUUCUCAAAACGCAUAAUAUCACCAUUUCUUUCACAUCCACAAAUUGUUCUUAGAUCUCUUGGUUUCUGCUCUGAUGCGUUUAGAUCUUUGCAAAGGGAGGGUGAGCUAUCUGCAUUUAGAUCAUGUGAUAAUUCAAGCAAACUCAAUUUCAACUUUCGCGAGAUAAAAUUUCCUCAGUUGAUUCCAUACAAUAAAGAUCAGGUGGAAAAUUUUAAUAUCGAACUUGCUGAUCCCAAUCUUUGGCCAAUUUCUUUCAGCUUGGCUGACAAUUUGCAUGGGAUGGAUGCAAGGCAGGAAGUUGCCUCAAAUUUAGAUGAGGAUACAUAUGAUAAUGAAAGUUUCAAUGGAGAUUAUAUGGUUGGAAACUCAUUUGAUUUUGAUGAGAUUGAGGACUUGAAAAUGCAAAAGAAGCUGUUUUACAAGCUGGAUAGGGGAUCUAAAGAAUAUGAGGAAAGCAAUUUUACCUUUCAUAAAAAAAAAUCUUCCAAGAAACGUCUUGAGAAGCUAAGAAAAACUAAAAUGGUGGAGCGAUGCAAGAAAUCUGAAAAUUCUUCUGCUAAACCACAGAAGAAAUCUGAAAAUUCAUCUUCCAAACCAUUGGUUUGUGAGGUCCAUAAUGAGGUUACUUCUGUGGAUAAGAAGGUGAGGACUCCUACAUUUAACCAGCUUACAGAUCCUUAUCAUUUGCCCUUCUGCUUGGAUAUCUUUGUAACAAAAGGUUCUGUUCGUGCUUCUGUGAUUCAUCGGGUUACAAGUAAAGUUGUGGUUGUGGCACACUCCAUUUCUAAGGAUAUGAAAUUUGAUUUGACUCAUAAGAAAGAUGCUACAGCUUGUGCUGCUGUAGGAGAAACUUUGGCUCAAAGAGCGAAGGAGGAUGAUAUUCACAAUGUGGUGUAUACACCAAGGAAAGGCGACAAAAUUGAAGGGAAACUUCAAAUUGUGCUUCAGUCCAUCAUUGAUCACGGGGUUGAUGUAAAGGUGAAACUUAAGCAGAAGAAAGCUAUCAAGGUAUUAUUUCGUCUGCCCUUGUUUUGCUUUUUUGUUGUUUUAUCUUAUGUAUUCAUUCAAAGCUUCAUUAUUUAUGUCUUUAAUUGUUACUGCAAUUACUUGUAAGAAGAGAGAUGCUUAUUAAACUU